AGUCACUGCCCUGUCCAUUUCCUCGCAUUCAUCCUCCUUUUCAGUCAGUCUUUGGGCAGUUUUUAGUGCCUGAGCCUGUUCAUACAGUAGACACUACAAGCCUGUUUGUAAAUAUACCCUCCAAAAUGGCCUGGAGUCAGAGCGGUGGGCCCAAAGGCCGACCAACUUCAGACGAAUACCAUGCCAGUCCUAUGGCGGAUCUAGACCAUCAUUACCUCCCACCAAUCAUGGCAUCUCAAUCCACCCCAUCCCCCUGUAUGUCUGCUGUUACCCCAAAAGAAUGGCCAGAAACAUUUGGCUGUGAAGCCAUCAUCCUCGAAACCCCCCUGCCGCAUGCCCCGCCUAAACAGUCUUACCAGCAAAUAGUGCGUGCAGAUUCACCUGCCCUGACACACUUGGUACCACCAGAGGCCAUUAGAGUAGCCGAACAAGAGGAGCAAGAGGAAGCCAUGGGUUCUACCAACCACCAACCCUUCUUAACUUACCCCUCCUUCUUGCUCAUGAAGCACAUGCAUUCCCAAACGCAGGUUGCCACGUCUCCUUCAUUCCCAAUCUCCUAUAGUCCCACACUCUCGCUGAACAGCAACAGUACUCUCUAUCAACCAACUCAUCAGGAUCAAUGCAAUCUUACCAUGCAUCCCCAACGAGGAAACGAGCAAGUAGAUGCUCUUGGCUCUAUCGCACAGCUAUCAUCUUCCCAGAAACGUCUCAAACGCCCCCCAAAUGCCUAUUUGCUUUUCAAUCGUGCCAUGCGACAUCGUCUUUUGGAAGAAUCUCCAAAGAGGACAGUGGCUGAAAUCAGCAAAGAGAUUGGAGACCGGUGGAAAGUCUUGGAACAAUCUGAAAGAGAUCGAUACAUUGAAGAAGCACGAAUGUUAAAAGAAGAUCAUCAAAGAGAGCACCCUGAUUUCAUCUACACGCGUCGAUCCAAAGCAGAGUUGGCAGACUCUAGACGAUUCAAAGGAGGAAAGACUACUGAUUCCAAUGGUAUUUGUGAAACAAAUACAGCAAAAGUAUCAAAGCAAAAGAAGCCUAAGCUCAAGAAUGGACGGGAUCCGCGCGGAAGAAAGAAGAAACAAGACUGUCAUCCCAGUGGUCCCAAGCAUCCCAUGUCAGGAUUCUUGUUUUAUGCUGCAACCGUACGUGGCCAUGUGGCAGCUACUCUGCCAGGGUCUACCAUUGGACCCAUUAGCAAGAUUAUUGGUGCCAAUUGGCGUGCAAUGACAGCUGAAUGUCGUCUGCCCUUUCUGGAAAAGGCAACGGCAGACAAAGCUCGCUAUGCCAAGGAAAUGCAGUAUUAUAUGGCUAGUGUACGGUCCAAAGGAACCCAACCUAAUGAGGUUGAUGAUGAGAUGGUUGCAACAGUGUCUCAGAUGGUGAACCAUAACCAGCAGUUACUAUAACUCUUCUUUUUUUUAUGUUUCCUCUUUCUAUCUUUCUUUCUCUCUACUGUUGAUGAAUAAAUAAACACACAAAACUAAGUAACAGC